AUGGAGCCGCUGCAGAAUGGAAGCGGCAAGCGGCAAGCUGACGAGGAGCCGCCGCCGGCGGCCAUGGAGAUGGGAAGCGAAGCCGGAGGAUCCCCGGAGGAACGGCGGCGGCGGAUACCGGCCCCAGGCGGCCGUCGGCGCGGAGGCGGGCCGAGCAGGGCGGAGGCCGCCGCGGGCCGCGAGAAAGAGCGCGUUGGCCCCGCCCCUCGGCCUCGCCUCGAUUCCCACCGCAAGAGCCGCCCCCCUUUUCCUUGGUUUGGCUUGGACAUUGGAGGGACUCUGGUGAAGCUGGUUUAUUUUGAACCCAAAGACAUCACCGCGGAGGAGGAGGAGGAGGAAGUGGAGAGCUUAAAGAGCAUCCGCAAGUACCUGACCUCGAACACCGCCUACGGAUCCACCGGCAUCCGCGACGUCCACUUGGAGCUAAGGGACCUUACGCUGUGUGGACGUAAAGGCAAUCUGCACUUUAUUCGCUUUCCUACUCAUGACAUGCCCGCUUUUAUUCAGAUGGGCAGUGAAAAACAUUUCUCGAGCCUUCACACUACUUUAUGUGCCACUGGAGGGGGAGCCUAUAAAUUUGAGCAGGACUUUCGCACAGUGGGCGACCUUCAGCUACGCAAAAUGGACGAACUUGACUGCCUUAUCAAGGGCGUGCUCUACAUUGAUUCGGUGGGGUUCAACGGACACUCGGAGUGCUACUAUUGUGAGAACCCCACAGAUCCCGAAAAAUGCCAGAAGGUCCCCUUCAACUUGGAGAACCCCUACCCUCUCCUUCUGGUGAACAUCGGCUCCGGGGUCAGCAUCCUGGCCGUCUAUUCCGAAGACAAUUACAAGCGGGUGACGGGAACCAGCCUUGGAGGGGGAACUUUUUUCGGCCUCUGCUGUCUGCUGACCGGCUGCUCCACCUUUGAAGAGGCUCUCGACAUGGCAUCCCGCGGAGACAGCACGAAGGUGGACAAACUAGUGCGGGAUAUUUACGGAGGGGACUACGAGCGCUUUGGGCUGCCCGGCUGGACCAUAGCAUCCAGCUUUGGCAACAUGAUGAGCAAAGAGAAACGAGACGCAGCUAGUAAAGAAGAUCUGGCCCGGGCAGCCUUGAUCACCAUCACCAACAACAUUGGCUCCAUCGCGCGGAUGUGCGCCCUGAAUGAGAACAUUAAUAAAGUGGUUUUUGUGGGGAACUUCUUGCGAAUCAACACCAUCUCCAUGAAGUUUCUGGCCUACGCUUUGGAUUACUGGUCAAAGGGACAACUGAAGGCUCUUUUCCUGGAACAUGAGGGAUAUUUCGGAGCAGUGGGAGCGCUCCUUGACCUUUUGGAGACAUCCUGAAUUCCUUCAGAGUCAGGACCACGGGGUUCAAACGGGGAUUUCUAGCUAAGGCGGAACAUUCUAGGUUCAUGUGGAUUUCACAUGCAAAAACAAACUGCUUAUUAACAGCCAGAACAAAGGGAUUGCGAACGACGUCACCCGUCUUUGCUGAGAAGAACAAAUGGAGGGUUUUUUUGUUCUCAGAGGUAACAAAGUAGUCUAGUAGGUUGGAACGCUUCUUUGUGUAUUUAACUGUGUGCGGCGCGCAGAUCUCAAACGUUAAGAUGUGCAUUUGCUCCCACUUGUGUGUUAAGCUACGUUUCUUUCGGGGACUUGAAAACAGCUGCAGCUGUCACGUAAAGACAAGUUCGUGCUCUUCUCAGAAUUAUUUUAAGGGUUGUUCUAUUUUGUAUGGACUCUGGAAGGGCUGGCUUGCCUUUUCAUCACGGUUUGAAGAUGUGCAGAAUGUGGAAACCCACCUACAAUAUUAAAUCUGUUUUCUUACAAA